AUGCCAGCCCGCAAACCAUUGCCGUCGACCACCUCGCCCACCAAUACUCCGUCGCUGCCCGGGGCAGCCGCCCCGGCACCCCACCAGAACCCUGCCGCAGCAGCCAGCAGCACCUCGCCCGCGACGAACUGCCGCAGCAGCGUCACGACGCCCAGACCGCGCCCUCCCCAGCACCACCGCGCCACACAGCGCCCGCCCGGACCACCCGAGCAGCAGCGCGCCUCCAGGGCCGCCCCCGCCGGCAACAGCAACUGCCGCCGCGCCCACCGCCCGCCGCACCACCUCCUGGCUCCCCGCUCGCCGGACAACCAACCAAGGCCCAGAUCGGGCCCGGGUCGGCCCGCCCGCCGCCACCUGCUGCCGCGCCACGGCCACGCCGCCGCGGCCCGCAGCGCCCAGCCGCACCACCCGCCGCCGCAGCAGACGGGGACCCAGGGCCGCCGCCCUGGCUUCCUUCCUCCCAGCCGGCGACGCCCCACACGGGCCGGCCACCCCGACGAAGAUCUCGGACCCACCCUGUAA